CUUUGGCUAGUGACAGGCUGAAGGACGUCCCUUCAAAGCUGGUUAAUGAGGCUGGCUGGCUGAGGCUGUUAAGCCAUCGUUUGAGACCAAGGCUUGUGCAGACAGGCCGUUUGCAGAUGUCAAAAUGUCGCCAAGGAGGAUGGGGAAGAACUCGAUGUGGCAGAAGGCGGGAACCUUGAAUGUGAGCCCCCAUGAUGGAUACCCGUGGAGGAGUCAUGUGACGAAUCUUGGGGUCCAGGAGAGAUCAGAGUCGCCGGAAAAUGUGCGGAUAUGAGCAUCGUCACAUCCUUGGGCCGGCCUUAAUGGUUGACAAUACUGACGAUGAGCAUCUUCAGGGCCCAUGCUCGAUCCCAGUGAUUGCGAUUGACGAUCAUCUCAUUCAGGGACUUGGGUGAGAUGGGAGAAGCAAAAGAGCGAACAAAAGGACAUCAUUUUUGUAGUCAUGAGAGAGAUCAAUCAACGAACAUCUUUCUUGUUGGUUUCGAUGAACUUCUCUG